GGGUGUGGAUGUGUGUGUGUGUGUGUGUGUGUAAUGAGUUCUUGAUUUAUGUUUCCCCCACAGAUCUUGGAGGCAUCUGAGGUUUAAUGAGGACUUUCCAGCAUUCCAGACCGCUGCCCUGCAAUGAAGCUCUGAGUCAUGGUCCUUGAGUCUAAGGAGUUGGCAACAAUGUGGAACCCCAGGACAAGCCAACCUGACUAACCUUCACUCUGAGCAGAAUCCCAAAAUGAGUCUGGCCUGAAAUCAGAGCAAGCCUACAGAAAGACUUGCUCCUUAAUGGAAACAGGAAAGGAGAGAAGGGUUUGCAACAAAUUGCAGCAGAGUUUCCACCAUUCUAAAGAGCCCACCUUCCUUAUCAACCAGGCCAUUCUAUGUGGUGACUCCCCUUCUAGGCUUUUGCCAGACACAGAGCAUGUCAGUCGUGUUGGAAAAAUAAGGACAGGACCUCAGAAAACGAGACCUGGAACGGUGAUACUCUCAAAACAGUCCAGUAGGAGAAUUAUGUCGGGAAGUCAGCCCAGCCCCCCCGUGAUCCCCUCCCGCAGGCCUGGAUUCCGGGUGUGCUAUAUCUGUGGCCGAGAAUUUGGGUCCCAGUCAAUUGCCAUUCAUGAACCCCAGUGCUUGGAGAAGUGGCGGGUUGAAAACAGCAAGUUGCCCAAGCACCUGAGGAGGCCAGAACCCUCCAAGCCACAGCCUCUCGGGGGCAGUGGGUCCUACAAUCUGCAGGCAGUGAACGAAGCAGCGCUCCAGAGUUCCCGGUCUCAGCUGCUGCCCUGCGAAUCCUGUGGCCGCACGUUCUUACCAGAUCGGCUUCCGGUGCACCAGAGAAGCUGCAAGCCCAAGGGUGACGGGCCUGGAGCACCAACCCCCAGCAGUUCUGACGAUCGUACUGGUCCCAGGAAGGCUGCUGGGGGCAUCCCAGCCCGACCAAAGACUCUCAUCUGCUACAUUUGUGGUAGGGAGUUUGGCACUCUGUCCCUUCCCAUUCAUGAGCCCAAAUGCCUGGAAAAGUGGAAAAUAGAAAAUGACCGGCUCCCCAGGGAGCUCCGCCGACCACUCCCACAGAAACCUCAGCCACUUCCCACUGGACGGUCCAACCAAGAGGGGCCAAGUCAAGCUCAGCUGGAGCCCUGUCCAAACUGCGGCCGGACCUUUGCCCCAGAACGCCUUCCGGUACACCAGAGAAGCUGUAAAGCUCAACCUCGUGGGCCAAAAAUUCAGAAUUUGACCUUAGGAAGUAAAGGUGACCUCAAAGAGUCCACUAAGUCCAAGCAGCAAAGGAACAUGGCAGCACCCAUGGUGACUGAUAAGGUAAUUCAUGGCACAUGAGAUGCAUUGGGUAGACCCAUGGGUACAUUCCACCCCCCAGGGGAAUGAGAGAAAACUAUCCCCAGAAUCAGCUGCCUCAACCCCUAGGUUGGUUUCUUUCAGUGCCUUAUGUCUGCCUCAGUGCAUCCUGUCCAAGUUGACCCCUGUCGGACCCUGUAUCUCGGUUGGCCAAGUCGAUAUAAGAACAUCCCUGCCUGGUGGGUUUAGAGUCCUCUUACACUCUGCCGCCUAAAAGAAAGAGAGAUGGACGUCCUUCUUCCCGGAUUCCUCAUCCCAGUAAUCCUUGGGAGAGACUGUUCUUUGGAAAAAUGAGUCAUUAAUGCUGUGUCUACAUUGCAGAGAUAUAAUUCCCAUUCCAACAGCCAAUAUUUAUUACCGGUUUAUUUUAGUCAUCUACCUUAGGAAUUCAUUUUUGGCAACACCGGGUUAUGCUGAGUUUAUCUUACUAAAAUAGAAUCUGUGUCAAAAACCCCAAAUGACUUCAGCAACAAUUAGGCACUGAAGCAUUCGCAGAAAUAGACGCGCUCCUCAAAGACAGCAUGUUUUCUUUUAACACUUCUGUGAUUCUGAUACGUGGGCGAUUAACCCCAGGGUGCACUCCAAAGCGACGAGGUGUGGGUUCGUGGUUCCGGAAAGUGCUCAGUUCCCACUUGCUCAGUGGCCUGUGUUUGGGCUGGACAGCAGGCUUUGCUCCCCACUUGGGCACUUGGGAAUAAGCAUUAUGCCGUGGCUCCCCAACCUGUAUGCUGAAGUAUUGUUUACCUGAAGGUUCACCAUCAACCACAACUGGGGAAGAACGCUUAUUGAGGGUGGUUCCCCACAAGACGUGGUCCGUGUGCUUUGUCCUGCCAUUAAGCCCGGGUUAAUCUUUUCUCUACAGUUUGCUACCCAAAGCCCCCCACCUGUAGAGAAUAGUUCUUUUUUUUUUUAAGUAGGCUCCACACCCAAUGUGGGGCUCCAACUCAUGAGCCCAAGAUCAAGAGUCACAUUCUUUACUGACUGAGCCAGCCAGGCACCCCUGUCUUUUAAUGGACUGCUUGGGGGAAACUGAGGUUAUCCAAGCUAUUCUAAAAGAUUAAACCAGAAGGACUGGGGAUUGUGGGGGCGGGAAGCAGCCUUUAUUUUUACUGCAACUUUUCUUCCUUACUUUUUUAUUGCAUACGUUGGCAACCUUCUAGUUAAACACUUUCAUGUUUAAAAUGAAAUGAUUAGAAACUUACUGGUUAAGUAGAUUCCAAGUAGAUUCCAAGACAAUGACCAUAAAGCCCAAGAGUCAGACUAAGAGAGGCUGGGCAAGUUUUCCGAUGAACAUUGAAGAAAGAAUGGCUAGUUUCUGUGCCGAAAUCAAAACCCACACUCUUACGUGUGGCAUGAACGGCAGGCUGGUCUCAUACACAUGAUCUGUUUUUCCCAUCUCCUGCCUGUUGCUUUUCUUCCAAAAUGUGUGGGGUCUGGAUUCAGAGAUCACAAGAAUCCGUGUCUCAGGGCCACAAAUCAGCGAGUCCAUUAGCUCUCUGACUUGCAGCCCUGUUUUCCUGAGUGUAUGCAUUUGCUUCACAUGUUCUCAGCACAGAUCUCGAGAUAGGGAAGAGUGUGGUCAGGAUUCCUGUGCUUGUUGUUGUAACACAUACUUUGUGCCAACAGGCUGAGCACAGCGUGUUCUCACUCAGUCACGACUGCUCAGAGGUUGGCCUGGGCCCACGGCUUCACAGGAAGACACCUCCUGACUCAGCCAGUGGUCUGGAGGGGAGAUGUCAGAAGGAGAGGUCACAGCGAUGGCCCUCAGUAACUGGGGAGUUUAGAUCAAAGUGGGGGCUGUCCGUCAGAAUAAGGGCAUCUAGAGGACGUGGCUCUGUCACAACACCACCAAUCCUGCUCCCGGACCCGAGGAGGCACGUGUCGGCAGGAAGUUGGCGCUCACGGCUGUUAGAUGUGUGCUGGCCCGUUUGGGGACCACACAGGCUUUCGUGAAGGGCAUAGGAAGGUCAUCCAACAUAGGGUCCCUUUUGCUGCCAGACUUAAAGCAAGCUUGCAUGACUUAAAAUGGAGAAAGCUGGUAGGCUCCAGAGAGAAAGAGGUUCUCUUGAAGCAAUGGACUUGACUUCCCUAGAAGUCCGCCUUUCAGCCGGAAAUGUCUCCCGGGAGGUGUGGUUUUCUCUUUCAGUUACAAUUUGAUCCAUUGCUGUUUUUCUUUCUUCGUGUCAAUUGAAAUUUAGAUAGUACAAUUUCUUUGUAUCAUUCAAAAUUGAGAUAUUAUGGGAAACCAUCCAUUUCCCAUGAAGAUCACUGCCUUGUGCACGAUUAGACUUCAAUAUUUCAUCUGCCGGUGACAGCCGACUUUUGGUUAUGACACACACGCCUUCUUGUCACACUUCAGAUGUGCGCUGCUUCUCUUGUCAGUCAGAAUCUAGAAUCCUGGGUCUGACUUCAGAUCGGCAUCAGAGCUUGCCUGAUGCUCUCGGAGGGCUCAAUCUCGUAGCGAAUUCAGGUGAGGAAGAAUAUUUUCAGCACCGUGAUCAUGGUGCUUGGAAAACAAUUCGCUCCAGUUGGGCAACAAUGACUGUUUCGCUGGCAGAGGGAAAUUUGCCUCCGCUCAGAAUGUUCCUCCAACAUAGACUGGCUCAGUUCUCUUAUGACACGGCGGGUGCUGUUACACUUCAAUCAAAGCUAAAUACAAAUAAAUACCGCCUGAGACGAGUUCUUCUCCAAGACUUCAGCAGGCAUUUUGCUUUAGCUCUGCUUGGCCCACUAACCACCGUAUGCGCUUGAAUUGUCCCAUUGCUUCUCUUCCAGAAUACAGGGUUGAAUUUACCCUUUCUGAUCUCACAGACAAGCUCUGAAGGACGCUAAGCAGUAUGGAGCAGAGGAAUAAAACCCUGAGUGAGGAUCCUUAUUUCAAAGGUGUUACGGCCCUGGGGUCGCUGCAUCUGAAUUAUAUGGUUUCUUGAGCUGAAUCACACUUUGUCUCUUUCCUCCAAAAAAAAAUGGAAAGCCUGCAUAAGCAAUCUCCACCGUAGCAAGAUUUUAAAAGUGGUGAUAAGCCCAGAUGAAAUGUUGAUGCAUAAUAUGGAAACCCAUAGAUUAUCCUUUUAAAUGUUAAUAUUGCAUUUAUUUAAUGUAUUACAUUUUAGUCUAUUUAGUAAGCCUACUGUCUAUUUUAGUAAGCAAUUCCCUAAGUGAUGCUGAGGGGUACAGUAAUAGAGGUCAUUAUUGCUCCUUAUUUUAAUAUGAGUGGAUAAAUUUUAGUGCUUGCAUUUUAAUUUGGGGAAAAAAGUUGCCCUUUUCUAGAACCCGAUCAUCUUUCAUUCUUUGAUUUCAGGCCCUUUCUGACUAAUUGGAACACAGAUCAGCAGUUAAUUAAAUGUAACUACAA